AUGCCACAUUUCCAGGCUGGCGGGGCGAUCAUCAAGGCAUGGAACGCGGCCAAGCCGGGAAUCUCCCAGGACGUCGUUGCAUACGACUCGGUGGGAUCAGGCGCCGGAAUCACCGGAUUCAACGGCGGCACCUACCUCAUUGCCGUCUCCGAUGAUCCCAUGACCGCCGCGCAAGAGGGAGGCGUCGUCGCCAGCGGCAAGAUCACCGUGCCUCUCUGCGUCUCCACCUUCAGCUUCUUCGUCAACGGAAAGCCUGGCAUCGUUCUGACGGCCACCCAGACGUUCCAGAUCUACAGCGGCGCGAUCACCGCGUGGUCCGCCGUUCCCGGCGCGGUGGGCAAGGUCGCGGGCGCCAUCACCGCCGUGGGGCGCAGCGACAAGUCCGGAAGUACCGCCAUUGUCAAGACCAUGUGGUCUAAGGCCGUGUCCGGGUACAGCGGCGGCACGGACGGCACAGCCCUGACUUACGCCGGCGUCACCAAGGUAGAGGGCACGAGCGCCGUGUGCGCCGCCGUGCUCAAGACCAAGGGCGCCAUCGGUUACGCGUUCACCGGCGGAUGCAGCGUCGUGCCUUACAACGCCAGGAAGCCCAACAACCCGAAGCGCGUGAUCGCCGCGCUCAAGAACGCCAAUGGCGUCGCCGUCGGGCCGCCCUCGUGGACCCCCGGGACGGCGCUCGUGGGCGCGCCUCCCGCAGCCGACGGGUCCUGGAGCAGCGUGGACUUCAUCUGGAAGGCCGGAGCCAAGACCCCUGCGAUGGUUUCCAUGGAGUUUGGGUUCAUCCGCAAGUCGCUGACGGGCGUGACUGGCGGGAAGAUUGCCAAGGCGUUCAUGCAGUUCAUGAUUGGGAAGCUGGCAAAGGGUGGGUAUGGGUUCAACGCGGUGCCUGCUGCCACCCCCAUAUUUUCCCCCUGCUUAUGCACUGCUUCCCCCCUGCUUACCCUCUGUUCUUCCCUUCUUACCCUUUGUUUCCCCCCUGAUCUCUCUUCCCUCCCUGCUCUCUCUUCCCUCCCUGAUCUCUCUUCCCUCCCUGAUCUCUCUACCCUCCCUGCUCUCUCUUCCCUCCCUGCUCUCUCUUCCCUCCCUGCUCUCUCUUCCCUCCCUGAUCUCUCUUCCCUCCCUGCUCUCUCUUCCCUCCCUGAUCUCUCUUCCCUCCCUGCUCUCUCUUCCCUCCCUGAUCUCUCUUCCCUCCCUGAUCUCUCUACCCUCCCUGCUCUCUCUUCCCUCCCUGCUCUCUCUUCCCUCCCUGAUCUCUCUUCCCUCCCUGCUCUCUCUUCCCUCCCUGAUCUCUCUACCCUCCCUGCUCUCUCUUCCCUCCCUGAUCUCUCUUCCCUCCCUGCUCUCUCUUCCCUCCCUGCUCUCUCUUCCCUCCCUGCUCUCUCUUCCCUCCCUGCUCUCUCUUCCCUCCCUGCUCUCUCUUCCCUCCCUUCUCUCUCUUCCAUCCCUGCUCUCUCUUCCCUCCCUGCUCUCUCUUCCCUCCCUGCUCUCUCUUCCCUCCCUGCUCUCUCUUCCCUCCCUGCUCUCUCUUCCCUCCCUGAUCUCUCUUCCCUCCCUGAUCUCUCUUCCCUCCCUGAUCUCUCUUCCCUCCCUGUUCUCUCUUCCGUGGUGGGAAUGAUCGCCAUCAACGAUGGUGUGCUGCUCAACUCACACAUCUUCCUCAUCCUGCGCCGCCACUUCUCCUUCCAUCCCGCCUACACCCGCCUGCUUGACCUGUUUAAUGAGGUGACAUACCAGACAGCGUGUGGGCAGAUGCUUGACCUCAUCACCACUCCUUCCAUCUGUCUGUUCCCCUCUUACCCCUUCCUCUCCCCUCUUCCCCCUCCAAUCUUCCUCCUCUGCAGCUACCUAAAGAUUGUGCAGUACAAGACGGCAUACUACUCCUUCUACCUCCCUGUGGCAACGGCGUUGAUCCUGGCAGGAGUGGAGGACGCAGCACUGGCAGCACAGGCGAGGGAGAUCCUGGUGGUGAUGGGGACGUACUGUCAGAUGCAGGACGACGUGCUCGACUGCUUUGGUGACCCCGCUGUCAUCGGCAAGGUGCAGGACGAUGUGCUCGACUGCUACGGGGACCCUGCUGUGAUUGGCAAGGUGCAGGACGACGUGCUCGACUGCUACGGGGACCCUGCCGUGAUAGGUAAGGUGGGCACGGAUAUAGAGGGAGGACAAAACACCAUGUGGUCGUGGCUCGCGGUGCAGGCGCUGCCAGAGGUGCCACUCUACCCCCUCACCUCCUCCACCCCUCCCUACUCACUCCUCCUCCCCCGUGCAUCACCAGGUGGGCACGGACAUAGAGGACACCAAGUGCUCGUGGAUUGUGGUGCAGGUGAUUACCAUCUCACGCCUCCCCCCGCACUGCGUAUCCCAAACCAUGUGCAUCACCAGGUGGGCACGGACAUAGAGGACACCAAGUGCUCGUGGCUUGUGGUGCAGGUGGGCACGGACAUAGAGGACACCAAGUGCUCGUGGCUUGUGGUGCAGGUGAUUACCCUCUCACCCCUCCCCCCGCACUGCGUGGGCACGGACAUAGAGGACACCAAGUGCUCGUGGCUGGUGGUGCAGGUGGGCACGGACAUAGAGGACACCAAGUGCUCGUGGCUGGUGGUGCAGGUGAUUACCCUCUCACCCCUCCCCCCGCACUGCGUGGGCACGGACAUAGAGGACACCAAGUGCUCGUGGCUCGUGGUGCAGGCGCUGCAGCGGGCCACACAGGAGCAGCGGCAGAUCAUUGAGAGCAACUACGGCAAGAAGGACGAGAAGUGUGUGGCGGUGAUAAAGCAGCUGUACACGGACAUGAAGCUGCAGGUGCGCUCACAUCAGUGUGUGUGGUUAGUGGUGCAUUGA